AUGGGUAAGAUCUCUGGAGCAGAGACAACCUAUGACAGGCCUGAGGAUGGUUCAGUUUUAGGGGUCAAAGAAACUGCAAGGUUGGCAGAGUGGCUGCUGGCGGAGAGCGUGAGCUACCCCGGUGGUGGUGGACAUACGUGUCCUGAAGCCACAGACCACAUCCCCAAGGGAUGCCUUGGAGGACUCGGGAAACUGGGGGACGGAAGCGCCCUCAACUCAGGUGUAUUCAGUGACUCUGCUGCCAACCCAUCAGGUUCUGCCAGCUACUCACUCAGGGUAACAUUUGAAGUGGAGGGGACCCCAGUGAACUUUGAAGUGGAUACAAGAGCAGUAUACUCAGCCCUUAAAACCCCACUGGGCCCCCUAUCAAAUAAAAGGUUCUUAGUUCAAGGGGCUAAUGGCAGUAGAUAUUGGGCUUGGACAACAAAGAGGACUAUGGACCUAGGAAAGGGAAGAGUCCAUCACUCUUUCCUAGUAAUCCCAGAAUGUCCGGUCCCAUUAAUGGGCAGGGAUCUGCUCACCAAACUCCAGGCUAAAAUAACCUUUAACCCUGAUGGUCCCCAAGUGGAGUUCCUAAAUCCUUCAGUAAAUACUCCCAUAGUCACGGCUUUGACUAUGUCAGUAGAAGAUGAACAUCAACUCUUCACGCCCCCUGGGAUUGAUCCAACAGGCAAACUACCCCAGAAAUGGAUAAAAGAUUAUCCUGAUGCCUGGGCAGAAACUGCUGGGUUAGGUCUAGCCAUAAAACAACCUCCAAUAGUAGUAGAAUUAAAACCCUCUGCCUCUCCAAUCAGUGUUAAACAAUAUCCUCUAAACAAAGAAGCAAGGGAUGGAAUAAGGCCCCAUAUCCAGAAAUACCUGGCUCUUGGGGUCCUAAGGCCCUGUCAAUCAGCCUGGAAUACCCACCUCCUACCAGUAAGAAAGCCAGGAACUGGGGACUACCAUCCUGUUCAAGACCUAAGAGAGAUCAACAACAGAGUGCAGGAAAUUCACCCCAUGAUACCAAAUCCAUAUAAUUUGUUUAGCACUCUGAAUCUGGAGCGGAGAUGGUACACUGUGCUGGACUUAAAAGAUGCUUACUUCUGCUUUCCCCUACAUAAGGACAGUCAAUUGUUGUUUGCUUUAGAGUGGAUAGACCCAGAAACAGGAACAUCUGGCCAACUAACCUGGACUAGACUCCCACGGGGGUUCAAAAACCCUCCCACUCUCUUUGAUGAAGCCCUCCACAGGGACCUCAACAACUUCAGAACUGCGCACCCCGAAGUCACCUUACUCCAAUAUGUGGAUGAUCUGCUGCUGGCAGCCGACACCAAGGAGAACUGUGAGUCUGGGACCCAAGCACUAUUAUCCGAGCUUGCUCAGCUUGGAUAUAGGGCUUCUGCCAAAAAGGCCCAAAUUUGCCAGCAAGAAGUAAUCUUCCUGAGUUAUUCCCUUAGGGGUGGCAAACGAUGGCUCACUGAGCCCAGAAAAUGAAUCGUUGUGCAGAUACUGCCCCCAUCUAAUAAGAGACAACUCAGAGAGUUUCUUGGGACUGCCGGCUUUUGCAGGUUAUGGAUUCCUGGGUUUGCGUCUCUGGCUGCCCCUUUAUACCUGCUGAUAAAGGGGGAUGCCCAGUUCCAAAGGACCCCUGAGCACCAACAAACUUUUGAUAAUAUCAAAAAGGCGCUGCUAUCUGCUCUGGCCUUAGCACUCCCAGAUGUAGAAAAACCCUUCACUCUCUACAUUGAGGAAAAGAAAGGAAUAGCACGGGGGGUGGGGGGGGUGCUCACUCACACUUUGGGACCUUGGAAAAGGCCAGUAGCAUACCCAUCAAAAAGACUGGACCCAGUGGCUAGCGGGUGGCCCCAUUGCCUAAGGGCCAUAGCAGCGGCAGCCCUUCUAAUAAAAGAUGCUGAAUUAACGUUGGGACAGAAGUUAACCAUUAUAGCCCCCCAUGCCCUGGAGAGCAUCAUCUGUCAGCCUCCAGACAGGUGGCUAUCAAACUCCAGAAUAACCCACUACCAGAGCCUCUUGCUUGACAAAGACAGAAUAAUGCUGGGAACCCCUGCUCCACUCAACCCAGCUACAUUGCUGCCAGAAGAAUCAUCAGUUCUCGUCGCUCAUGAUUGUCAACACAUACUGGCAGAGGAGACCAGUGUACGAUGAGACUUACAGGAUCAGCCACUGCCUCGCCCUGAGGUCGUAUGGUUUAUGGACAGGAGCAGCUUUCUCCAAGACAGUAAGCGGCAGGCUGGAGCAGCAGUAGUUAGCAAAACUAAUGUCAUCUGGUCCUCUGGUCUCCCAGAAGGGACAUCAGCUCAAAAAGCAGAACUAAUUGCCCUUACGAAAGCACUGGAACUAGCAACAGGCAAAAGGGCCACCAUAUACACUGAUAGCCGCUAUGCAUUUGCCACUCCUCAUGUGCACAGGGCUAUUUACCAGCAAAGGGCUAUUAAGAACAAAGAUGAGAUCCUCCACCUUCUCUCGGUAGUAAGAGGCCCUAAAGAACUAGCUAUAGUGCACUGUCCAGGGCACCAGAAGGGGAACGACCCCGUGACAGUUGGAAACAGACGGGCAGAUGAGGAAGCUAAGUUGGCAGCCCUAAACGGAGUGACCCUGUUAACUGAACAUUCAGGCAACUUAUCUUCUGGGGACACAGAUACAGAACUCUGGGACCCUUCAGAGCCAAGUUUACAAUUUCAAAAAGCCCAACUUUAUGUCAAAGAGGUACACCAGCUCACCCAUUUAGGCUCAAAGAAAUUACAGGCACUCUUAAAGGACCAAAGAAAGGACUUAUUGUUGACUGUCUCACAGAGGAAAGAAAUAGCUGAGCAGGUAACUAGAGCUUGUCAAGUCUGCCAAUUAGUUAAUGCUUAUCCAUCCAAGCUUCCUGCAGGAAAGCACUCACGAGGAACCAGACCCGGACAAUUCUGGGAAGUGGUUACUGAAAUUAAGCCAGCAAGGUAUGGACUUAAGUAUCUCCUAGCCUUUGUAGAUACUUUUUCAGGAUGGGUCGAAGCCUUCCCCAAAGAAACAGCCCAGACCGUGGUCAAAAAGAUCUUAGAGGACAUUUUCCCAAGGUUCGGCCAGCCUAAGGUAAUAGGGUCCGAUAAUGGACCAGCGUUCAUGGCCCAGGGAUUGGCCAGGACCUUGGGGACUGAUUGGAAGUUACAUUGUGCUUAUAGACCCCAGAGCUCAAGACAGGUAGAAAGGAUGAAUAGAACCAUCAAAGAGACCUUAACGAAAUUAAGCUUGGAGACCAACAUAAAAGAUUGGACUAUGCUCCUACCUUAUGCACUGUUUUGUGCAAGAAAUACCCCCUCCACCUCUUUAUGUAACAUCACCCCUUAUGAGAUUCUCUAUGGUUCCCCUCCUCCAGUAAGGGACCUAACCCCAACUCUGAGACUUAAUGAUUCCUUUCACACCCCAUUGUUUAACAGACUUAAAGCCCUUGAACAAACCCAGCGGUACCUGUGGAAACAGUUGGCCACUGCCUAUCAUCCCAGAGACAAGGGAACCCCACAUCGAUAUCAAGUGGGAGACUUUGUCUACGUGAGACGGCAUCAGGUGUCAUCCCUGGAACCCCGCUGGAAAGGACCAUACCAGGUGCUGCUUACAACACCUACUGCAGUGAAAGUGGAUGGGAUUGCUCCCUGGAUCCAUGCCUCCCAUCUCAAGCCUGCGCCCUGUCCAGACUCUGGCUGGAAACUGGAACAGACUGGUAACCCUCUCAAGUUGCAUGUCCAUCAUGUGGAUAGGGCUAUGGAUUCUUCCCCUAACCACCAGCAGUCCUAA